GGUUUCGAAAAAACGAUGAAAUGAAAGCUAUGGAUGUUUUGCCAAUUUUAAAGGAAAAAGUUGCAUACCUUUCAGGUGGCAGAGAUAAACGUGGAGGUCCCAUUUUAACGUUUCCAGCCCGCAGCAAUCAUGAUAGAAUACGACAGGAGGACCUCAGGAGACUGAUUUCGUAUCUAGCCUGUAUCCCUAGUGAAGAAGUCUGCAAGCGAGGAUUCACGGUGAUCGUGGACAUGCGCGGGUCCAAGUGGGACUCCAUUAAGCCUCUUCUGAAGAUACUGCAGGAGUCCUUUCCCUGCUGCAUCCAUGUUGCCCUGAUAAUCAAGCCAGACAACUUUUGGCAGAAACAGAGGACUAAUUUUGGCAGUUCUAAAUUUGAAUUUGAGACAAAUAUGGUCUCUUUAGAAGGCCUUACCAAAGUAGUUGAUCCUUCUCAGCUCACCCCCGAGUUUGAUGGCUGCUUGGAGUACAACCAUGAAGAAUGGAUUGAAAUCAGAGUUGCUUUUGAAGACUACAUUAGCAAUGCGACCCACAUGCUGUCUCGGCUGGAGGAACUUCAGGACAUCCUAGCCAAGAAGGAAUUGCCUCAGGAUUUAGAGGGGGCUCGGAAUAUGAUCGAGGAGCAUUCGCAGCUGAAGAAGAAGGUGAUUAAAGCCCCCAUAGAAGACUUGGAUUUAGAGGGACAGAAGCUGCUGCAGAGGAUUCAGAGCAGUGACAGCUUUCCCAAAAAGAACUCCGGCUCGGGCAACGCGGACCUGCAGAGCCUCCUACCCAAGGUGUCUGCCAUGUUGGACCGGCUGCACUCAACUCGGCAGCACCUGCAUCAGAUGUGGCACGUGAGGAAGCUGAAGCUGGACCAGUGCUUUCAGCUGAGGCUGUUUGAACAGGAUGCCGAGAAGAUGUUUGACUGGAUCACACACAACAAGGGCCUGUUUCUGAACAGCUACACCGAGAUUGGGACCAGCCAUCCUCACGCAAUGGAGCUCCAGACACAGCACAACCACUUUGCCAUGAACUGUAUGAACGUGUAUGUAAACAUAAACCGCAUAAUGUCGGUGGCAAAUCGCUUGGUAGAGUCUGGCCACUACGCCUCUCAGCAGAUCAAGCAGAUUGCGAACCAGCUGGAGCAGGAGUGGAAGGCAUUUGCGGCAGCCCUGGAUGAGCGGAGCACCUUGCUGGACAUGUCCUCCAUUUUCCACCAGAAGGCUGAGAAGUACAUGAGCAACGUGGACUCGUGGUGUAAAGCCUGUGGAGAGGUGGACCUUCCCUCGGAGCUGCAUGACCUGGAGGACGCCAUUCACCACCAUCAGGGGGUAUACGAGCACAUCACUCUUGCUUAUUCUGAGGUGAGCCAGGACGGGAAGUCGCUCCUCGACAAGCUCCAGCGGCCGCUGACUCCCGGCAGCUCCGACUCCCUGACGGCCUCCGCCAACUACUCCAAGGCGGUGCACCACGUCCUCGACAUCAUCCACGAGGUGCUGCACCACCAGCGGCAGCUCGAAAACAUCUGGCAGCACCGCAAGGUCCGGCUGCACCAGCGGCUGCAGCUCUGUGUCUUCCAGCAGGACGUGCAGCAGGUGCUGGACUGGAUUGAGAAUCAUGGAGAAGCGUUUCUCAGCAAACAUACGGGUGUGGGGAAAUCACUUCAUCGGGCCAGAGCUUUGCAGAAACGCCAUGAAGAUUUUGAAGAAGUAGCCCAGAACACAUAUACCAACGCGGAUAAAUUACUGGAAGCAGCAGAACAGCUGGCGCAGACCGGGGAAUGUGACCCAGAAGAGAUUUAUCAGGCUGCCCAUCAGCUUGAAGACCGGAUACAAGAUUUUGUUCGGCGUGUCGAGCAGCGGAAGAUCCUGCUGGACAUGUCGGUCUCGUUUCACAGCCAUGUCAAGGAGCUGUGGACGUGGCUGGAGGAGCUGCAGAAGGAGCUUCUGGAUGACGUGUAUGCCGAGUCGGUGGAGGCCGUGCAGGACCUCAUCAAGCGCUUUGGCCAGCAGCAGCAGACGACCCUGCAAGUGACGGUGAACGUGAUCAAGGAAGGGGAGGACCUCAUACAGCAGCUGAGGGACUCUGCCAUUUCCAGCAACAAGACCCCCCACAACAGCUCCAUCAGCCACAUCGAGACAGUGCUGCAGCAGCUGGACGAGGCCCAGGCCCAGAUGGAGGAGCUCUUCCAGGAGCGCAAGAUCAAGCUGGAGCUCUUCCUGCAGCUGCGCGUGUUCGAGAGGGAUGCCAUCGAUAUCAUCUCAGACCUUGAGUCUUGGAAUGAUGAGCUUUCUCAGCAAAUGAACGACUUUGACACAGAAGAUCUCACAAUAGCGGAACAGCGCCUGCAGCACCACGCAGACAAAGCUCUGACCAUGAAUAACUUAACCUUCGAUGUCAUCCACCAAGGGCAGGACCUUCUGCAGUAUGUCAAUGAAGUGCAGGCCUCUGGCGUGGAGCUGCUUUGCGACAGAGACGUAGACAUGGCCACCCGGGUCCAGGACUUGCUGGAGUUCCUUCACGAGAAGCAGCAGGAGCUGGAUGUCGCGGCUGAGCAGCAUCGGAAGCACCUGGAACAGUGUGUGCAACUUCGCCACCUGCAGGCCGAGGUGAAGCAGGUGCUGGGCUGGAUCCGCAACGGAGAGUCGAUGCUGAAUGCCGGACUCAUCACAGCCAGCUCCUUGCAGGAGGCAGAGCAGCUGCAGAGGGAGCACGAGCAGUUCCAGCACGCCAUCGAGAAGACACAUCAGAGUGCGCUGCAGGUGCAGCAGAAGGCGGAGGCCAUGCUGCAGGCCAAUCACUAUGACAUGGACAUGAUCAGGGACUGUGCCGAGAAAGUGGCGUCUCACUGGCAACAGCUCAUGCUCAAGAUGGAAGACCGCCUCAAGCUGGUGAACGCGUCUGUCGCCUUCUACAAAACCUCAGAGCAGGUCUGCAGCGUCCUCGAGAGCCUGGAGCAGGAGUACAAGAGAGAAGAGGACUGGUGUGGAGGGGCCGACAAACUGGGCCCCAACUCCGAGACAGACCACGUCACCCCAAUGAUCAGCAAGCAUCUGGAGCAAAAGGAAGCGUUCCUGAAGGCUUGCACACUUGCUAGAAGGAAUGCAGAUGUCUUCCUGAAGUACCUGCACAGGAAUAGUGUGAACAUGCCGGGAAUGGUGACCCACAUCAAAGCUCCUGAACAACAAGUAAAAAAUAUCUUGAAUGAACUCUUCCAGCGGGAGAACAGGGUAUUGCAUUAUUGGACCAUGAGGAAGAGACGGCUAGACCAGUGCCAGCAGUAUGUGGUCUUUGAACGAAGUGCCAAGCAGGCUUUAGAGUGGAUCCAUGACAACGGAGAGUUCUACCUUUCCACACAUACGUCCACGGGUUCCAGCAUACAGCACACACAGGAGCUCCUGAAAGAGCACGAGGAGUUUCAGAUCACCGCGAAGCAAACCAAAGAGAGAGUGAAGCUGUUGAUACAGCUGGCUGAUGGCUUUUGUGAAAAAGGGCAUGCCCAUGCAGCAGAGAUAAAAAAAUGCGUCACUGCAGUGGAUAAGAGGUACAGGGAUUUCUCUCUGCGGAUGGAGAAGUACAGGACCUCUUUGGAGAAAGCCCUGGGGAUUUCUUCAGAUUCCAACAAAUCGAGUAAAAGUCUUCAGCUGGACAUAAUCCCCGCCAGUGUCCCUGGGUCAGAGGUGAAGCUUCGCGAUGCUGCUCAUGAGCUUAACGAAGAAAAACGGAAGUCGGCCCGCAGGAAAGAGUUCAUAAUGGCGGAGCUAAUUCAAACUGAAAAGGCUUACGUGAGGGACCUCCGGGAGUGUAUGGAUACAUACCUGUGGGAGAUGACCAGCGGGGUGGAGGAGAUCCCGGCCGGCAUCGUAAACAGAGAGCUCGUCAUCUUCGGGAACAUGCAGGAAAUCUAUGAGUUUCACAAUAACAUAUUUCUGAAAGAGCUGGAAAAAUAUGAGCAGUUGCCAGAAGACGUUGGACACUGCUUUGUUACUUGGGCAGACAAGUUUCAGAUGUAUGUCACGUAUUGCAAAAAUAAGCCGGAUUCUACUCAGCUGAUACUAGAGCAUGCAGGGUCCUACUUUGAUGAAAUACAACAGCGGCAUGGAUUAGCCAAUUCCAUCUCUUCUUACCUUAUUAAGCCGGUUCAGCGAAUAACAAAGUAUCAGCUUCUUUUAAAAGAGCUACUCACUUGCUGUGAGGAAGGAAAAGGGGAGAUAAAAGACGGCCUCGAGGUGAUGCUUAGUGUGCCAAAGCGGGCCAACGAUGCCAUGCACCUCAGCAUGCUGGAAGGGUUUGACGAAAAUAUUGAGUCUCAGGGAGAACUCAUCCUGCAGGAAUCCUUCCAAGUGUGGGACCCAAAAACCUUAAUUCGAAAGGGUCGAGAACGGCAUCUCUUCCUUUUUGAAAUGUCUUUAGUAUUUAGUAAAGAAGUGAAAGAUUCCAGUGGGAGAAGCAAGUACCUUUAUAAAAGCAAAUUGUUUACCUCAGAGCUGGGUGUCACAGAGCACGUGGAAGGAGACCCUUGCAAGUUUGCGCUGUGGGUGGGGAGGACGCCAGCCUCAGACAAUAAAAUCGUCCUUAAGGCUUCCAGCAUAGAAAACAAGCAGGACUGGAUAAAGCACAUCCGCGAAGUGAUACAGGAAAGGACAAUUCACCUGAAAGGGGCCCUGAAGGAGCCCAUUCACAUCCCCAAGACGGCACCGGCCACGAGACAGAAGGGAAGGAGGGACGGAGAGGAUCUGGAUAGCCAGGGCGAUGGGAGCAGCCAGCCUGACACCAUUUCAAUUGCCUCACGGACAUCUCAGAACACACUGGACAGCGAUAAGCUCUCUGGCGGCUGCGAGCUGACGGUGGUCAUCCACGACUUCACCGCCUGCAACAGCACGGAGCUGACCAUCCGCCGUGGCCAGACCGUGGAAGUGUUGGAGCGGCCCCACGACAAGCCUGACUGGUGUCUGGUGCGGACCACCGACCGGUCCCCCGCCGCGGAAGGCCUGGUCCCCUGCGGCUCUCUGUGCAUCGCCCACUCUAGAAGCAGCAUGGAGAUGGAGGGCAUCUUCAACCACAAAGACUCGCUGUCCGUCUCCAGUAACGAUGCCAGCCCGCCCGCCUCCGUGGCCUCUCUCCAGCCCCACAUGAUGGGGGCCCAGAGCUCCCCGGGCCCCAAACGCCCGGGCAACACGCUGCGCAAGUGGCUGACGAGCCCGGUGCGACGGCUGAGCAGCGGCAAGGCCGACGGGCACGUGAAGAAGCUAGCGCACAAGCACAAGAAGAGCCGGGAGGUCCGCAAGAGCGCCGAUGCCGGCUCGCAGAAGGACUCGGACGACAGCGCAGCCACCCCGCAGGACGAGACGGUGGAAGAGAGGGGCCGGAACGAGGGCCUGAGCAGCGGCACACUCUCGAAGUCCUCCUCGUCGGGCAUGCAGAGCUGCGGGGAGGAGGAAGGGGAGGAGGGCGCCGACGCCGUGCCCCUCCCCCCGCCCAUGGCCAUCCAACAGCACAGCCUGCUGCAGCCGGAUUCACAGGACGACAAGGCCUCUUCCCGGUUAUUAGUCCGGCCCACCAGCUCCGAAACGCCAAGUGCGGCCGAGCUCGUGAGUGCGAUUGAAGAACUCGUGAAGAGCAAGAUGGCUCUGGAGGACCGGCCCAGCUCACUCCUUGUUGACCAGGGAGACAGUAGCAGCCCCUCCUUCAACCCUUCCGACAACUCCCUUCUCUCCUCCUCUUCGCCCAUUGAUGAGAUGGAGGAAAGGAAAUCCAGCUCCUUAAAGAGACGGCACUAUGUUUUGCAAGAACUAGUGGAGACAGAGCGUGACUAUGUGCGGGACCUCGGCUGUGUGGUUGAGGGCUACAUGGCUCUCAUGAAAGAAGAUGGUGUUCCUGAUGACAUGAAAGGGAAGGACAAGAUUGUAUUUGGCAACAUCCAUCAGAUUUAUGACUGGCACAGAGACUUUUUUUUAGGAGAGUUGGAGAAGUGCCUUGAAGAUCCAGAAAAACUAGGAUCCCUUUUUGUUAAACAUGAGAGAAGGUUGCACAUGUACAUAGUUUAUUGUCAAAAUAAACCAAAGUCUGAGCACAUUGUCUCAGAAUACAUUGAUACCUUUUUUGAGGACCUAAAGCAGCGUCUUGGCCACAGGCUGCAGCUCACAGAUUUGCUCAUCAAACCAGUGCAGAGGAUCAUGAAGUACCAGCUGCUCCUGAAGGACUUCCUCAAGUAUUCCAAAAAAGCUAGCCUGGAUACAUCAGAAUUAGAGAGAGCAGUGGAAGUCAUGUGCAUCGUACCCAAGCGGUGCAACGACAUGAUGAACGUCGGGCGGCUGCAGGGAUUUGACGGUAAAAUUGUUGCCCAGGGCAAGCUGCUCCUGCAGGACACAUUCUUGGUCACGGACCAAGACUCGGGACUUCUGCCUCGCUGUAAAGAGAGGCGGGUUUUUCUCUUUGAGCAGAUCGUCAUUUUCAGUGAACCACUUGAUAAAAAAAAGGGCUUCUCCAUGCCGGGAUUCCUGUUUAAGAACAGCAUCAAGGUGAGUUGCCUUUGCCUGGAGGAAAACGUGGAAAACGAUCCCUGUAAAUUUGCUCUGACAUCGAGGACGGGUGGUGUGGUGGAGACCUUCACUCUGCACUCGUCCAGUCCAAGUGUCCGGCAAACAUGGAUCCAUGAAAUCAACCAAAUUUUAGAAAACCAGCGUAACUUUUUAAAUGUGAUUACAGAGGAGCCAGCAAAGCACCUUAGGGGACAUUGGGGGCGGGGGGGGGGGGGGGGGGGGGGGGGGGGCGCGGUAGCAGGAAAGGGGGCGGCGGCGGCGGCGGGGCCCCCAGCGGCGGAGGCGGCAACCCCAGCGGCGGCGGCCCCGGCAGCUGCAGCGGCCUCCCCAGCUCGAGCAGAAGCAGACCCUCCCGGAUCCCCCAGCCUGUCAGACACCACUCCCCCGUGCUGGUCUCCUCUGCAGCCUCGAGCCAGGCAGAGGCAGACAAGAUGUCAGAGUGAAAGCAGCAGCAGUAGCAACAUCUCCACCAUGUUGGUGACACACGAUUACACGGCAGUGAAGGAGGAUGAGGUCAACGUCUACCAAGGAGAGGUCGUUCAGAUUCUGGCCAGCAAUCAACAGAACAUGUUUCUGGUGUUCCGAGCCGCCACUGACCAGUGCCCCGCCGCCGAGGGCUGGAUUCCGGGCUUCGUCCUGGGGCACACCGGUGCAGUCAUCGUGGAGAACCCCGACGGGACCCUCAAGAAGUCAACAUCUUGGCACACAGCACUCCGUUUAAGGAAAAAAUCUGAGAAAAAAGAUAAAGACGGCAAACGGGAAGGCAAGUUAGAGAACGGUUAUCGGAAGUCUCGGGAAGGACUCAGCAACAAGGUAUCUGUGAAGCUUCUCAACCCCAACUACAUAUAUGACGUUCCCCCAGAAUUCGUCAUUCCCUUGAGUGAGGUCACGUGUGAGACAGGGGAGACCGUUGUUCUUAGAUGUCGAGUUUGUGGCCGCCCCAAGGCCUCGAUCACCUGGAAGGGCCCUGAACACAACACCUUGAACAACGACGGUCACUACAGCAUCUCCUACAGUGACUUGGGAGAGGCCACUCUGAAGAUUGUGGGUGUGACCACAGAAGAUGACGGCACCUACACGUGCAUCGCUGUGAACGACAUGGGUUCGGCCUCGUCCUCAGCCAGUCUGAGGGUGCUGGGUCCAGGGAGUGAUGGGAUCAUGGUGACCUGGAAAGACAACUUUGACUCCUUCUACAGCGAAGUGGCUGAGCUUGGCAGGGGCAGAUUCUCUGUUGUUAAGAAAUGUGAUCAAAAAGGAACCAAACGAGCAGUGGCCACUAAGUUUGUGAACAAGAAGUUGAUGAAGCGUGACCAGGUCACCCACGAGCUUGGAAUCCUGCAGAACCUCCAGCACCCGCUGCUUGUUGGCCUCCUUGAUAGCUUCGAGACCCCCACCAGCUACAUCCUGGUUUUGGAAAUGGCUGACCAGGGACGUCUCCUGGACUGUGUGGUGCGAUGGGGAAACCUCACCGAAGGGAAGAUCAGGGCGUAUCUGGGGGAGGUUCUGGAAGCCGUCCGAUACCUUCACAACUGCAGGAUAGCGCACCUGGACCUCAAGCCUGAAAACAUCCUGGUGGAUCAGAGUUCGGCCAAGCCAACGAUCAAACUGGCUGACUUUGGAGAUGCUGUCCAACUCAACACGACCUACUACAUCCACCAGUUGCUGGGGAACCCCGAGUUUGCGGCCCCCGAAGUCAUCCUUGGGAACCCCAUCUCCCUGACCUCGGAUACAUGGAGUGUCGGAGUGCUCACAUAUGUGCUUCUCAGUGGCGUGUCCCCCUUCCUCGACGACAGCGUGGAGGAGACCUGCCUGAACAUUUGCCGACUAGACUUUAGCUUCCCAGAGGACUGCUUCAAAGGAGUGAGCCAGAAGGCCAAGGAGUUCGUGUGUUUCCUCCUCCAAGAGGACCCUGCCAGGCGUCCCUCGGCUGCUCUGGCCCUCCAGGAGCAGUGGCUGCAGGCGGGCCAAGGCAGUGGCAAAGGUGCGGGCGUCCUCGACACGUCCAGACUGACUUCCUUCAUUGAGCGGCGCAAACACCAGAACGAUGUUCGACCUAUCCGUAGCGUUAAAAACUUCUUACAGAGCAGGCUUUUGCCUAGAGUCUGACCCAUCCUGAAGUUCUCUCUCAUUCUCUUUCACCUGCCAAUCAGCUGUUAAUUUGAAUUUCAAAGAGAAACACAAACCAACAUGACUGAUGAGCUGCCGUACGUUCAUCGUGUGACAUCGCGUUCCGGGUGAGCUGUGCUCGGCGGUGCCCGGGGCUCAGGAGCACGCUGUGCUGGGGUGGAGGACCUUCUUGCACACUCUUCGUGAGCGGAGACAGCAUUGCUGUACCACAGUCUUUUAUUCAGGUUUCUGCAAAAAAAAGAAAAGAAACUUUUUUAAAUACACACGAAUAGAAUUUUGCAAAUUUAACAUUUUCCAGGAUUUAUUCAAGGACACGAAAUGCCUAUGUUCAACCACUGGUGUUAACGAACAAAACAGAGAUACUGGACACCCCUGGGGAGGACUCCCCCCUCGAGGCGGCCCUCCCCACGGCCUCGUCCAGAGCUCAGGGUCCACCUGGCUCUGAGCUUUCCUAGCCGCCGGGUCUGCGUCUAGGAGUGCGUCUCACCGGGACGCCAGACCAGGCUCCUGAAACGUGCAUUCAACCUCAGACUUUUGCAUAAAACUAGAAUGAAUCGUUCUGCUCUGAUGAAAUGUAGGCCUUAUUUGUAUAUAAGACUGGUCCUGCCUUCGGUCUGUCCUUCCCUCCUGUCCCCCCCUCUCCCCCCACCCCCACCGCCCAGGGCUUCCUUUGGAGGAGGUCAGAGGGUUCUGCCCAUCAACCCAGGACGUCAGGUUGGGUCCCACCCCGAUGUCCCCUCCCCCUGCUUCCCACCCCCAAGCCGUCAAUCAGAUUGUCGAGCAGUAUACAGUCAGAUGAAAAUACUGUAAAUGCACUCAUUGGGGUUUUUUUGGUUUUAUUUCAUAUCAUGUGCAAUGUUGUGGCUUUAACAUUUUAUGCAACUAUUUAUGAAGACCUCUGUUGUACCUGUAAUAAAUACAUAGAAAAAGCACAUACUUCGUACAGUGAGCUUUAUGGUUUUGUGCGUGUGUCGGGGGCGGGGGGGGUGGGGGUGGAGCCCUGUGCCAUCAGUUCAAGGAGAUUUAACUCUGCGUGAAAUUUGUCAGUUUCAAGGACUGUAAAAAGUGAUUUCAUACUCUGAAUAUAAAACUGGAUAAUAGGGUAAUGUUUUCAAAUUUAUUAUGCUAUUAUUCAGAAUGCCAAAGUAUUAUUUUUUUUCCCAAAAUCGGUCUGGCCAUUUACUACUUUUUAGACUUUUUGACGUUCCACUUUCUGUACAAAAAUUGGCUGGAUUUUGAGCUUUUGGUAAGAAAUAAAAGCCAAUUAAGCACUAGCCGCCUUGAGGCUGGCAUCUGUGACGUCUGCGUCACUGUGGCAGAAUUAACGCUGGCGUGGGGACACCUGUCAACAAGCCGCGGGCUUUCUGGGCACGCUUGAAUUUUUCUGAAUGUCUUUUUAUCUUUGUUGUGUGAGAUCCACUACGAACGCGACCGGCCCACUUCCCCAGCCAGCCAGACACCUGGGUCUUGAGCCAUGAACCGGGCGGAGUUAAGCUUUGCAGCUUCCAAUGUAUUUUAUUUAUUCUUUUGUUGGGUUUUUGUUUGUUUCUUGUAAAAUUGUACAGAAACUUUUUAAAAGAAAUUGGAUUCAAAACUGGAUGUGUAUUCGUAACCUCACAACUUUUAUUUGUGUAUUGUUUCUUUUAUUAUUUCAGUUAAAUUUUUACAUUAUUUUGCAUGUAUAUUUCUUUGUACAGAGACCUUACAUGUUUACACAGUAUGAUGUGAUGUAAAUAUUUUAUUUUGCCAUCAGUUAUUUUAAAAAAUUAAACAUAUUUGCCUGA